AUAGUGGCCUUGAAAAGAAUUGGUGACCAUUUAUCCAGUCAAUCUCCUCAUCAUAUACCUUCACCUCCUCAUCAACCAAGAAGAGCAUGUGUGGCUUUAAUUCUACGUUGGUAUACAAAACGACCUGAUCUAAUAUCAUCCAAUAAGUUAUAUCCAAAAACAAUUCAAGAGUUUUAUGAAUUACCUUGGGUAAAACAAGAUCCAAAAGGUGAAUUAGAAAUUCUUUUUAUGCAACGUGCUACUCGGUCUGGAGAUAGAUGGUCUGGUCAUGUUGCAUAUAUAGGUGGCAAGAAUGAACCUGGUGAAACUGAUUUUGAUACAGUGACAAGAGAAGUUAAAGAAGAAAUUGGAUUGAAUCUCAAUAGUGAAUCAUUUUUACAUCUUGGACAAUUAGACGAUCGUGAAAUUACUUCUAUUUGGGAUAGGAAAUUGAUGAUGAUUUUGAUUCCUUUUGUAUUCCUGCAAGUAGUACCUUAUACUCCGACAAUGCAAUUAGAAAAAGAUGAAGUAGCUUCAGUAGAAUGUAAGUUUUAUAUAUAUAUAUAUAUAUGUAAAAGAUUUAUAUAUUCAUUAUUAUUAUUAUUAUUAUAG